AACCCUGUUCUUAAUGCUCUGCCAUAGUGUGGUCCGCGCAGUAAUCCGGGAUCGCACCGGGAAACACAUUGACAGACUACUUCAGCGAAAAAUAUUAUUGAGUAAUUUAGCGAGCUAAGUGCACAUACAUAUUAUUAAUCACAGUUUGUAGUUUAUUUCAGGCUAACAGGAACGUUUUUUGGGGGUUUCGGGGGUUAAGUUAUGAAAGAGGUGUAUAACACGGAAACGCCAUUUCGCUAGCUCAGGCUAGCCGUUUUUGUUUUGGUGUGAGGAGGAAGGGAGGCCAUUUUAGGCCGCUUUUCUUCACUGCUUUUCUUUGUAUGGUAGCUAUCUAACUUAGUCACUGGAGUUAUCACCACGGACCUGAAUGCACUGGAUGACUUGGAGGGAUAUUAGGGACUUUGCUUCGUUUCGCAUAUUUCGUCUGGAUAUUUGCCUCAGUUUUUAUCACCUUCUGGGACUCUGCGUUCGUGAAGACAGACUUGUGUUUCGAAACCAUGCAAUGGAAUUGCUCCCUCUAAUCGGACUCUGAGGGAAAGCGUCGCCCUUUAAUUUAAACGAUUUAACGCUACACCAGCGGGACUUUCUGGCAGAAAAGGCGUUGGAAAAAGCAUCCUCGAUUAUUUAAACGAUUUGGACAUUUUCCUUUGAAGCAAGUUGAAGAUUCUAUGUUGCUUUGUUGUUCAAUACUGUGACGGACUGAAAUAAUGGAAUUGGUUUGAGAUUGUCGUUUUGCAGUUGGUAAAGGUUGCAGUUUCCAAUAUUUGUGUUAAUUCGGAUAGCCUGCAUUUACCCACUUCAGUUAAGCCAUAAGGUCACGCUAUAGGCAGUUAUGUCGAUAUCUAUAGCUUAGCUACGCUUAAGUAGCUAGCUAGCCAGUGGCUAAUUACAGUUCCAUCUAGUUAGCUAAGUUAGUAAAAGGGAAACUUAACUUUAAUAGUUUUGUUUUUACAUUGCUGUUCUUGUCAGGCCCAAAUUAGUGUACUUUGCUUCAAAAAUGUCUUGUGUGCAUUAUAAGUUUUCAUCCAAACUCAACUAUGACACGGUCACAUUUGAUGGCCUACAUAUCACGUUGAGUGACCUCAAGCGCCAGAUCAUGGGCCGCGAAAAACUCAAGGCUGCUGACUGCGAUUUGCAGAUAACCAACGCCCAGACGAAAGAAGAAUACACUGAUGAUGGUGCCCUCAUUCCUAAGAAUUCAUCUGUUAUCAUUCGAAGAAUACCUAUUGGAGGGGUCAAAUCUGCAAGCAAAACAUUUGUCAUUGAUCGCACUGAGCCUCCAAGUGGACCUUCAAAAGCAGUAUGUAAAAAAAACCUCACACUUUUCUUCUUUAGUUUGGUGUUUGCCUCUAACCAGUGUUUACACAAUUUUUCCAGUGGAAAUUUUAGUAUGCAAUACAAAAAAUAUAUUCUGUGAAAGUUUUGGUGAUAGAAUAUUGUAACAUUGUAAAAUGUGAAUCAUUUGCUGAAUGCAUUUAAUUUCGUAUUUGCACAAUUAUUGCAACUGUAUAAAUCUUUGUGCAUGCCGGUGCUGCACUGUAUUUCAUAUUGAAAAAAAUUCUUUUAUAAAGAAUCUGUUGUACAGGUCAAUGUACGUUCAUUCAGAUCAUGUUGGAUGCCCAGUGAACAUGGUGGCGUAUUCUAAGCUUGUCUGUCUACAAGUGCUACAUCUGUAAACACUGUUUUUUAUUUUUUUGUUCUCUAAUAAAAUGUUUUGAGUCGCACCUUUUUAAUUUUACAUUGUAUUACACAGAUGGUUUUUGACUGUUCAUGUUAUAAGGAGUUUGCGAUAAGGCACAUCAGUAUUCCUAGGACCUGGGGGAAACCUACCUUGUGACAAUGUGUGUGCGUGUGUGUGUGUUUAUACUGUAUGUGCAAGAUGGAUCAGCAUUUGCUGAGGCUCAAACAACCAACGAUAUCUUAUAGGAACUCAUUUCUGUCUCACGGUGACUGGACUUGGUCAAUAUGUGCAUGUAAACAGAAUGCACUGCUAGAUCAAUGGUUUUUGCUGCAAUGGUCAAGACAACAUUUGACUGCUUUUAAAGGUCUAAUUCACACCAGCCCAGACACACAAGCUCUGGUAUAAGCCAGAUUCUGUUCUAAUUGAAUUUCCAAAUGCUAUUCCCAUUUGAAUUUUGUUAAUUUAUUGUUGCCAAUUAUCAUUGGACAACAGAAUCUUCUGCCGACAUGAAGCAAGACUAAUUUGAAUAAGUUGCACGUGGUGGGGGAAGUUCUUUAUGUUCAUGGAAUAAUUAGUCCCCAUAUGAGGUCAAAAUUGAGCAGAAUAUUGUGCAAUUAAAAAAAAUUUUUUGUGUGUGUGUGGCACUAUUUAAAUUGGUCUCCACAGCAGGAGGAACAGUGUCAUUUGUGCACAUAGAUUUGGGCAUUAUUCUUUUCCACCACCCCUUUCUCGUCUGUCAUGCUGUUUGUUGAGCCCGGUGUGAAUUGACCUUUGUUAAUUUGUCAAUGUGGAGAAACUGCGGUGCUCCAUUGUUUGAGCCUUAGCACUUUGGAAUGACAAAGUCUGCUUCAAGUGUUGGACCUCUUCCAUAUCACUGUUGGUGUGUUUUGGGUAAAAUUGCAGUGUGUGGGACAUGUUCUUCCUCCGAACAAGUUUUGUUGUCUGGGCAUUAUCCUUUUUUUUUUUUUUUUUUUCCUGUUAGAAGUAAUUUAACCCUCAAUGCUAAGUGCCUUAUAUGAAACCAUAGGUGAAGUCCAGAGUUCAGAUGGAUGUUUUCUACUGAGUAUAUUGUUGGGUUGGUUUCUGAGUAUUUGACAAGUGUACUGUUAAAACCCAGUUCACCAGUUCCAUCAGUACUCUGUACAAUGCAGAACGCAACCAUUUUUUUUUGUCAAUAAAAUAUGUGUCUACAACUCCUGAGCACCUCUUGCAAGGCCUUGUGUGUUCACUUUUGGGAGAGAGGGAGCUCAGUGAGACAUUUAGCUCUCUCCAUCGCCUGCCCUGGGGGAUUUUAAGUGAGUAAUUUGGCCUCUUGCACAGAGCUCAUCACUGGAAAAAUUAGGUUCUAUACCAUGCAGGAGUAUGAGUGUGAAAUGAACCUUGAAAUCAGCUGCCAGCCAAGUGAUCUGUUGAUGCUAGCACAGCCAUCAUUUUCAGACUGCACGUCUAACGUCUGUGACUGACUGUACAGCGAUGCCUUUCUCUGAGCUGGUUAACCGUGAGCCAUAAGUUGAAUUAAUUUAAUGGCAAGCCACCCAUUUCAUAUAGUUGCUCGACAUAGGCGGGAAUUGAAUUCAAACUACCCCAAUUUGAUAACUAAAUGUGCACCCACAAUACUGAACUUAGCGUAGAUCAUGAAGACUGUCCAAACCUCUUAGUAUUUUGCUUAUCUCUUAAUUACUUAAGUUGAUUUGUGUAAUUUCUUUGUAAACUCUUCUGUAAACAUUUUGUUUAAGCAGUGGAGUUAUUUAUCUCUCCUGCAUUAGCCAAUUCUCAUCAGCAAAUAAGAAGUAUGAUUUUGAUUGAGGAUUCUUGUGAAUAUUUUGGGUUGCACAAUAUUUUGGUGGCUAAUAGCAUAACUAGGAAAGUUCAGAGGUCCCAUUCUAAUUUUUAGAAAUUUGCUGCAGUUUCCAGCUAGCUUCAGUAGAAUUUUACAAUAUAGCUUUAAGCAUUAAAUGCUGUGAAACAAAUACGUAGCGCUUGACAGGGUAAACUGUCUGUCUGAGUAAUCAAGACGUUUGCCAAGUUCAUAGCUGAGGAAUACUUCUGGGUAAAGUGUUUCAUUUGAUUAGGGAAAGGUGUAAGUAAUAUCUGUGUUAUUCAACAAUUAUGCUGACUAAUAUAACCGAUUGAACCACGUAUGAGUGUGAAGAAUGAAAUUGGAAAUGUAAAAAAAAAAACGAGACUAACGAGAUGUGGAAUUAAAUAUUUGUAUGUUUGUUGUUCAUUAAUCUGUGCCUUGUCAUAGCAUUAAACUUGAGUUUUGUUUUUUAAUUUUUCCCACAAACAGAUCGAUGAUUCUGCCACUUCUAUUUCUCUGGCCCAGCUCUCUAAGGUAUACCCCUUUACUGCUUUUGUCUGUUUAUUUCUUUAGACCUGGUUUGUUCUGUAGUUUUUUUAUUUUUUUUUGCCAUUCAUUUGUAGAGCUCUAGCAUUUGUCGUCUGAAUUCUGUCAACGGGGCCGGUCAUGCCUUACAGAAGCCAACAGUAGUCUGUUUUUUAAUUUCUGGGGUGGUGGGUGGGGCCUCUGUGACAUGAGUGCUCAUUAAUGCAGGUUUUCCCAAACUUUCAUCUGUGCCCCUAUUUCUGUUGAUUUUCUAUCUAACCAAAUUGCAACUCUGGAAUUGUAAACUGGAAAAUUGUUCAUAAUUUGACUCUGAUGUCAAAUUGAGCAGCAGUUUAUACUUUGACAUGGAAUGUGCCUUCUUAAGGCCACUUUUGUCAAUAGCUGUGUAUGCCGUGAAAAAUGAAUGUAUUUUUUUCAUUUGUUGUAAAUAAAUGCAGAGGACUGUACCUGUUCUGCUUCUGCACGUAAUGAUUUAUCAUGGGUCCACAGGCCAUGUUUGUCUUGAGCCCCCAACCCUCGUGAUUACCUGUAGUGUUCUUUCAAAUGACUAUUUAUGAAUCCAGGGUUUGUGCUAUGCACAUUAAAUAUUCUUAGAUUCACUUGGGUAUUUUAUUUUUCCUCCCACAAUGGUGUCCUCGUUUUGAAAGAAUAUUGACCAGCAAUACAACACAGUUGUAAAUGCUAGAUUUGUGAAAGUUGAGAACUGCGGAGUUAAUUUUAAAGUUUGAAUUCAUGCUGUCAUCUUGUUUAGUGUGAAAGUUUUAUUGUCACAUGAUUUUUAGUGGGAAUAGCCUGCAUUAUACAUGUGACUUUCUGUGACCAUUUACCACUUCACUUCCUCUUGCUGGGCAGUAUCCUUUAUAGCAGUGAUCUCAGCACUUCAGAGAUUAAAGCUGUAGUUCACUUUCUGGAGUAGUUUUAUGUCCAUUUUUAAUGUAUAUUUUUUUUCGACUGGCUCAGACAGUUUAUGUCCAGUGAAGGAUAAUUUGAAGGCCUGACAGGUUUACAGUGCAGGUGUGGGACAUUCGGUGGUUUGCAGUUUAAAGCGGGGAAAAUACACCAAGUAACUACAAAGCAGCUUGUGCGGUAGUGUUAUGUUUCCAGAGGUCGUACAUACAAAUAAAUACAUCUUAUGAUAUUCGUCCAAAAUGAAAAUAAAAUGUCUGAAAAUAAGACAACGUAUAUAUUUUUUAAAUAAUCAGGUAAUAUACACACUUAAUCUCUGGAGACAAAUGUUGCUGUACCAGCUGCUUUGAAGUGUAUUUUCUCGCUUUAAAGAACAAACUCCCAAAAGCCCAUAUUCCAGCAAAAAUAAACCCAGCAGGUCUAAAACCUCUGCCGGCCUGUUUAGCAGACACAGAUUAAGCCUAGCCCUGGGAUAAAUUUAAUUUGUAAUGGAGAUUCUCUAUACAAAACUCAGUUUAUUCCAGAAUUAAGCUUAAUCUGUUUUUGUGAAACUGGCUCUGUAAUCUGUAUAGACCAAAUCAAAAACAUACACUGAUUUGGUCUAGACAGUUUACUGAAAUAUUUUUUUUUUUAAAAAGACCCUUCAGGAAGUGAAUUGUCAUUUUAAGAAAUAGAUUGGCCGCACACUUGUUACAAAGGCCGAGAUUGGGAGCUGGUUGAAAGCAAGCGGCAGAAAUAAGCAGACGCUGUGGUGCUCCUGAGGUUGAGAUCCCUGCUGUGAGGAGCAGUGCUGUUUGAGACGUGAGCCACGCAGUGUGUGCAUGCCUCAUCCUGUAAGGGGGCAGUCCUUUUGCACUCCGAAACGCCACACGACUAAAAAGUGUACAAAAGAAAGAAAGAAGCAAUUUAUCACCCAAAUGUCCCCUUCAUGUUCAAGUGAGUGCUACAAAAAGGUUUGGGGCCCGUUUGAGAAUGGGGGGCGGGGGGUGUGAUGGAAGAAGAAGAGAUGGGAGAGUGUCUCCCUGUUCUGCUUACCUGAGAAUUUUGCCUGCACCUGACAAAAUGUCACAAUGGUGAAUUUUUCCCUGCUGUGGAAGAACGACGCAGCCUUUUUUUUAAAAUUUUAUUUUAUUUUUCUCCCUCCACUGGGAAACAUCCGUAACCCAUUUUUUCAUUUUUUUUUUACUGCUUUUUUAACAUUGUGAGGAAGAUUUGAAGAGUUUUGAGUCGUUCAUUUGGACUGAUGUGCCACACGGGAGGAUGCAUUUUAUACACUAAUUUAAAAAGGACUGCAUUUUCUACAGUGUGUAAAAUGCUGCCAUGCAUGUUUCACAGAAGGGUUAUUUGAACUUUAAACUGCAUGGAAGCAAAGCUGGGUGCUAUGCUGCUGUAAUGCUGUUUGCUGUUCAUCGUGAGCAUCUAAAUCCAAUGAUUUUAUCCAAUGUGUUUAUAUUUUAUAUCCAUUUUAACUAGCGUUUUUUAUAGUAUUUUUACAAGUGUCUUUCGGGCCACCUGUGAGCCGAUUAACUGUAAAAUGACUAAAUCUGAUGUAAUACAAUGUGUGUAGCCCUCACUGUAAAUGCACCUAAAUGCAGUGAAAGCUUUAAUCACAUACUGUAAAACGGGAAGUGUAUUGUGAUCAAAGCCAAGUGUUUGUGUGGGUCUGGCUAAUAAACCGUUUUAACAGUU